CUGUGUAUUUGAAUAGCAUGCUUGUACACUGUUUGUGAAUUGCUCCUUAGUAAGACUUGCUAAUUUGAGAGAGUUGUAAGCAAAAUCUCCUUUUUUUCCCUUGCUGCAUAGGCUUAAAUCUUGAUAUCCACUGUAUUAGAUGAGCCCAAAUUAUGUACACUUUACUGGGAUAGCCCAUACGAAGCUCCAAACUUUGUUCUGCAGAGUUUUGCAGUUUCACUUACAUUGCAAAUUCAUGUCUGCCUGAAGCUUUGCAUUCGGUGGGAAAUCUCAACCAAGUGCUUCUAGAAAGUGCAUGGAAAGACUAAAGCAAGGUUGAGGGAUGUCGGUGGGGAGAGGAGACCAAGCCCUGCUCUUUCCCACUGAACCUGUUCUGUUUCCAGGACUGUACUUGUGCUGCAUUCAGAGCUACAUCCCCUGACAGGAGACCACACGCAUCUCCCACAUGGCUGUGCUCUUUGCCCAGGGCUUCGGAUAUUUCUAAACAUUUUUAUUAAUUCCUUCUUGAAUUUAAUUGUCCUUCAGAAUUUUUAAUAGCAAAUUCUGAAUGAUAAAUUCAUCUUCUUGCAUUAUUUCUCAUGUUAGUUUUAAGAAAUAGUAUUUUCUAUUUACUUUUGUGAAGGGGGACGCAGAUGCAGAACGUUGAGUCAAGAACCAUAAAAGUGGAAAUUAAAUUUCAUCUCUCACUCUCCUGUUUUCAGCUGCUGUCCAUGUAAAGUCAUGCAUGGUUUAGAUCUUUAGAUAUCUAUCCUGCAUCAUUAUAGAAUAGUCAAAUAGGCAACAAAGAUCUCAUUCCAUUUUUAAUUGAAUAGAAAAUUGUAUUAAGUCCCUGGACAAAAUGGUACUGAAAAUCCUGGUCUAUCCUAAACGAUGGUUUUGCUAACACUCGACCAUCAUGUAUUUGCGAGAACUGAACUUGGGUAGAAGUAUGUUUCUGAAUCUGAUCACUCCAGGCGUGCGGAAUAAUAUUUAGCACUGAGAUCUGUCUAUUGGUGACGGGACUUUCUGUUGCAUGGCUUUAUAAAAUUCCUACAAUCAAAUUAUUAGAGUUUCCAGGACAAUGUGGGGUUUUGGGGAAUGUUUCCUUGCAUCUUCCAGGCCGUCACAAAGCUGGUGGUGCCAGAGCUCCAAAGGAGAAGGGUGCCUUGUUUUCUCUACUGCUGAAGCUCCAGAGUAUUUUCCAUCAAAUAGCAAAAUGAGCAGUGGUUGCUAAAUGCCUUUUAUCAGUUUGGCUCCUUUCCUUUCAUUCAGACCGGAUGGACAGUUGGCUGUUUAUAACACUUCAGUAAGAGAACAGACAAAAGAUGUUCCCUGUUGCAAUUUUAGCCUAUGUACUGCGCUCUGUCAUUGUGUUCACGAUUGUAAAUUGGGUCAGAUCCAGGCAGCUCCACUUUCUAGUGACUUUUUCAUUUCUCUUAGUGUCCCUAAGCUGACUUUCAGCUUCCUCAUACCACCUGCUUCCUGGCUGCCCUUGCUGGGCUCGUUUUGCUCCUUUCUGCCAGUUCAGUGCCACAGUAGCUCCAUUGCAAUCCUUGCGUGGUAACUGUCCACGCUUGCAGCAUGUCCCUUUCUUCCAGCGUGGCUGAGAUGCAGCUACCUUGUGCUGGGAUGGCAGUUCAGGCUCUGUCUGUGUGGCUAAGGCAGCCCUCAAAGUGCCAUCCUGAACGUCUCCCUGUAGAAGACUUAAUUACUACCUCGCUUAUGAUGAGCCCCUGGCAGAGAAACCCACCUGUAGCAGCUCAGCCUCACCUUCAUGGUCCCGUCUGCUGAAUCCUUCCCAGCAACACUUUACACUGCAAAUUGGCUGGACCCCUGUUUCAUUCAUGUUACCACCCCUCCUCUCUCCAUCCCUUUCUCGUCAGCUCUCCUGAGCAUCAGUGCUUUACUUUUUCCAGCAUAUCCCUCAGUUAACACGGCUGGCCCCUUCCCCUUUGCAUGCCCUGCGAAUCUUGUCCUAUGGACUAAGAUGGAUGGAGGGCGAGGGCGGUGGGUGACAAGGAGUUUGUGCUUGGGCCUGGAUCUGUGUCUGUGCACACUGGGGUAAGCGUAACUCCACUGGCUGAAGGAAGUUGUUUAGGGCCUAAUCAUUCACAGAGCAGCUCAGCUGUUUUCUCCUGGCUGGGCCUCUCUGAUGCCUCAAGCUGUUGUGCUCCCUUAACAUGGUGCGUAAGGAUGAUCUUCCAUUUCCGAGUGAGGCCGGUUGGGUUUAGGGUGAGGCUGCAGAACCCUUUGACGCUGGGCUGUCUUGCAAGAAGUGUGUCCCUUUCAUUGCCUUCGGCUAGUGUUCGAGGCUUUUGGAGUGACAUAGUUACGUAGCACGGGGCAAAAGUGAGCCACCCACCUGACAAAAUGGUGGCGGGUCCAACAGGAGAGUGCAUUGCUUGGGUAGCUCAGUGCCUCCUGGUGGGGAGAGGCCUGGGUGGUGAGGGGGGUUUCCUGGCUUGUGGGUACAGCAGCCUGCUUCCUCCUGUUGGAGGAAAAUCCCAAAGCAAGUGAUGGUGUUAGUGUCCCUGGGUUCCUUGCAGAUUGCCCAUGAACCAUGUCGUCCAUCCUGGGAAUGAUGAAGAAAUUCGGCAGCUCUGAUGUGGAGGAAUCUGAAGUCACCGACGAGCACACGGACGGGGAGGAUUCCACUCUGGGGACCCCCGACAGCCUGCAGGGCACCCAGAGCACCAAGUUGCAGCCGCCGCCCAAAAGCAACAUCUUUAGCCGCCGAGGGCGGUUCGUGAUGGGGGACAGUGAUAAGGACAUGGCUCCCAUGGACUCCUUCUACCCGAUGGACCACUUGAUGUCUCCGCCCAUCAUCAAGUUCAGUGCCAAUUUGGAAAGAGGAAAGUUUCACCAUCAUUUUGGCAAGCUCCUGUCCACUGAGUCCAUCACAAGCUGCUCGGAUAAAGCUUUCAAGUACUACGAUCGCAGGAGGAUCUUUGACGCUGUAGCCCAGGGCGACGUAAGUGAUCUGGACCACCUGCCGAUGUAUCUCAGCCGGACCUUGAAGCAUCUCACAGAUGAUGAGUUCAAAGAGCCGGAGACCGGGAAGACCUGUUUGUUGAAAGCCAUGCUGAACCUGCAUGAAGGGAAAAACAACGCCAUUCCCCUGCUGCUGGACAUUGCAGAGAAAACAGGCAAUCUGAAAGAGUUUGUUAACGCUGGGUAUACUGACAACUACUACAAGGGUCAGACCGCACUCCAUAUUGCCAUUGAAAGGAGGAAUAUGUAUCUGGUGAAGCUCUUGGUCCGAAAUGGAGCAGAUGUUCACGCCAGAGCCCACGGCGAGUUCUUCAGAAAAAUCAAAGGGAAGCCAGGCUUUUAUUUCGGUGAGCUGCCUCUUUCUCUUGCUGCCUGCACCAACCAGCUGUGCAUCGUGAAAUUCCUCCUGGAGAACUCGUAUCAGCCAGCCAACAUCGUGGCCGAGGACUCCAUGGGAAACACAGUCCUGCAUGCGCUGGUGGAAGUGGCAGAUAACACCAAAGAUAACACCAAGUUUGUCACCAAGAUGUACAACAACAUUUUGAUCCUUGGAGCCAAAAUUAACCCGAUGCUGAAGCUGGAAGAGCUCGCUAACAAGAAGGGCCUGACUCCUUUGACCUUGGCAGCAAAGACGGGGAAGAUAGGGAUUUUCGCCUAUAUCCUCAGACGAGAGAUCAAAGACCCCGAGUGUAGGCACCUGUCUAGAAAGUUCACCGAAUGGGCCUAUGGACCUGUCCACUCCUCUCUGUAUGACCUGUCCUCUGUAGACACGUGUGAGAGAAACUCUGUGCUCGAGAUCAUUGCCUAUAGCAGCGAAACCCCUAAUCGCCAUGAGAUGCUGCUGGUGGAACCACUGAACAGGUUGCUGCAGGACAAGUGGGACCGGUUUGUCAAACACUUGUUUUACUUCAACUUCUGUGUGUACGCCAUCCACAUCAUCAUACUCACCAUCGCCGCCUACUACCGGCCUGUGAAAAAGGAGAGAGAACAGCCUCCCUUCGCAUUUGGCUACAGCACUGGGGAGUAUUUCCGUGUCACUGGAGAGAUCCUGAGCGUGCUGGGAGGUCUCUACUUCUUUUCCAGAGGGAUCCAGUAUUUUGUGCAGAGGCGCCCGUCGUUCCGGACCCUGCUAGCGGACAGCUACAGUGAGGUUCUUUUCUUUGUCCACUCGCUGCUCCUGCUGAGCUCCCUGGUGCUGUACUUCAGUGGGCAGGAGCUGUACGUGGCUUCCAUGGUCUUCUCCCUGGCGCUGGGCUGGGCCAACAUGCUGUAUUACACCCGAGGCUUCCAGCAGAUGGGCAUUUACUCGGUCAUGAUUGAGAAGAUGAUCCUGAGAGAUUUAUGUCGCUUCAUGUUUGUCUACCUAGUAUUUCUCUUGGGAUUUUCCACAGCGGUGGUGACUCUGAUUGAAGAUGACAAUGAGGGACAAGACAACAGCACUGCUGACUGUCCCCGAUGCUGCCAACUGAAGCGUAGCCGCACAUCCUACAACAACCUUUACUACACCUGCCUGGAGCUGUUCAAGUUCACCAUUGGCAUGGGGGAUCUGGAGUUCACCGAGAAUUACAGGUUCAAGUCUGUCUUUGUCAUCCUGUUGGUCCUGUACGUGAUCCUCACCUACAUCCUCCUGCUCAACAUGCUCAUUGCGCUGAUGGGGGAGACGGUGAACAAGAUCGCACAAGAGAGCAAAAGCAUUUGGAAACUCCAGAGAGCCAUCACCAUCCUGGACAUUGAGAACAGCUACCUGAACUGUGUGAGACGCUCUUUCCGAUCCGGGAAGCGAGUCUUAGUGGGGACGACACCUGACGGCAAGGACGAUUAUAGAUGGUGCUUCAGAGUUGAUGAAGUGAACUGGUCCACGUGGAACACAAAUUUGGGCAUAAUCAAUGAGGACCCUGGAUACUAUGGAGAUUUGAAGCGAAACUCCAGUUUUUCCUUUAAAGCUGGCAGAGUUUCAGGGAAAAACUGGAAAACUUUAGUUCCUCUACUGAGAGAUGGCAGCAGACGGGAAGAGGCACCAAAGCUGACAGAAGAAGUCAAGUUUAAAUCUGUUUUGGAGCCUUGUUACGAGUCUGACAACUUCAAGGCACCGACAGAUUCAAUUCCAAAGUCGGCGUAACUGUGUUGUUGUUGUAUUUCUUUUAUAAGUAUUAUUAUUAUUUUAUUUUAUUUUUUUUUAGUUUUCAGGAGAAGGUCAGUUCUUAUUGCCUCUGCAAUCACAGGGUCCCCCCUAGGAGAGGAGGGCUUUCUGGGGAGAGCUCAAAGGGAAUGAGGAAGACACUGUAUGUAGUAAUUCACUGAGUAUGCUAAGUAAACAGCUUGUUGUUUUACGCUCAUGUCUCCCUAGUUAUUUCAAACAUUAAUCUGACAGAAAUCAGCCUUUGUUCCUCUUUCCUCACUAGAUAUUAUUUGCCUCCAGAGACACCACCCAAUAAGACUUCACAGGGCCAGUAAAGACAGGAAAUGAACCAAGUGAUUUUGCCCACAGUGGCUGCAUCUACACAAAGCGGUGGACUGCGCAGCCAUUUAGUACUUGCAGAGCCAAGUACUACAUGACUGUGCGGUACCCGGCGUUAUUGCGCAGUACUGUCCCUGCACGUUUUUUUCCUGAUCCUGCUGUGCAGUAUCUCGUUGCUACUGUGCAGUACCAUCGCUGUCACAGUUAGUGCCCCCCAACACUACGACAUAGUAGCAAUGAGCUACUGCACCAUAGUGUCUUAUGUAGACGCGCCCGCUAAGGAGCACUUCCUUGCCAACCAGUGGAAUAUUUACAAGAGGCCCAGACUUUGCAGGUUCCUACCUGGGCCCAAAGAAAAGACCUAGAAGUCUAUGGGAUUCCAGUGCUGACUCCUCGCCUCCAAAGCCUCAUUUUCUCCUUGGAGGUGCCUCUGGUCCUCAGUGAAAUGCCUUCCAGCAUCCUCCUUCCUGCUUCCUUGCCUGGGAUAGAAAUACAAAGCACUUAGCAACAUCUUAAAGCUGCUGGGGCUAAAAAAACCUGCAACUUUUCACUCCUUUCAGAGUCAGGAGCAUUUGGCUUUUUUGCUAAGAAAAUGAGCCACCUCCUAGGUUUUUCUGUGCCUACAGCCACCACUGCAUUGGUUUGGUUAUUGUGUAGAGCCACAUCAACUUUGUAAAACCAAAAAACCCAAAUUUCCAUUAUGCCAAAUACAUGAAGAUGUAAUCUGUUUAACUUUUUCCUAAAAUCAACUUUUAUAAUUAGCUGGGAUGGCAUGAUGCGUAUUGAAGAAGGCAAGAGCGCCAAUUUAGCAUCAA